GAAUAAACAAACUAGACGGGCUCCUCCUCUCCUUCCUUCCUCCCUUCGUCUCCUCCGAUCCAUCCAUCCAAACCCUAGCCGAUCCAUCCCUCCCCGGCCGCCCGAUCCCGCCGCCGAUCGGCCCAUGACCGCCGCCUCCACCGGCGGCGGCGACGGCGGAGGUGGAGGCGGGGGCGCGUCCUCCCCGGCGGCGCCGCGGGCCAUGAAGCGCGAGCUGGCCUUCGCGCUGCAGUCCCUCUCGGAGAUCACCGCCUCCCCCGGCCGCACCCGCUCCGGCCGCUCCCUCCUCGCCUCCCCCGCUCUCCCCUCCUCGCCCGCCAAGCGCCGGAAGACCACCGCCAGAUCCGACCCCCCGCCCCUGGAUCUGGUCUCCCCGCCCACCCCGCCCCUCGACGCCGAGGCGCCCAAGGCCGCCCUCCACCACGCCGCCGAUGGGCUGCCCCUCGACGCCCUGCUGCCGCCCGAGGUAGCUUCGGUCUUGGAUGCGGAGGUGCUGCCCGAGGUGCCGCCCUUGGAUGCAGAGCUACUGCCCCUGCCUGCCACCGAUGGGUUGCCCCUCGAUGCUGCCCUGGUGCCCGCCGAGGUAGCCAGCCAAGAUGCUGCCCCGCCGCCGCCCAAGGUCAGCCACAACGCUGCUGAGGUGCUGCCCGAGGUCAGCCACAAUGCUACAGAGGCGCUGUCCUUGGCUGCUGAGGUCAGCCACAACACUACGGAGGCGCCGUCCUUGGCUGCCGAGGUGCUGCCUGAGGUCAGCCACAGCGCUCCCGAGGUGCUGCCUGAGGUCAGCCACAGCGCUCCCGAGGUGCUGCCCUUGGCUGCCGAGAUGAUGCCCGAGGUCAGCCACCCCCACAAUGCUGCUGAGGCGCAGCCGGUGGCCAACCAAGAUGCUGCCGCCGAGGCGUCACCAAAGGCCAGCCACUCUGACGACGUCGUCAUGGUGGACGCCGAGGCGCAGCUCAAUGCUCAAGGCGACGCAGACCUCAUGGGCCCCUGCGCCUACCCGGCGUCAAUGGAGAAGAAGAAGGAAGAGGAGGGGGACGGGUCCAAUGCUGCCGUCCCCACUCAGCACCAAAUGGAUGGACUCCCUGCUCCUCUAACAGAGGCUGAAUCUGCUGGCGAGGCGGCAACACAGGACGCAGGAGUCGAGCCCAGCACUGCUGCUGCGCAUGCAAUGCCCGACGCUGAAGAGGGCGCUAGCAUGGAAUUGGAUGCACCUUCGGCUUUGCUUGAGUCCACUGCUGGACUGGACAGUGCGUUGGCUGAUCCUCCUGUGGCCGCCGAGGAUGCCACCAUACCUGCCUCCACUGCCAUGGACGCUGAGGAUGCCGCGACACCAGUUUCCACUGCCAAGACCAUCAAGCCUAAAAGACGCUUCACACGGUCGCUGCUUGGACUGGACAGAGAGACUGCAGCCAGUGAAAUUAUAGGAGACGCCUCGCUUGAUUUGUCUGCAACACCAGGGAGGAGGUUCACAAGGUCACUGCUCAAGCCAAAGGUUGAGGCGCCUCCUGCCAGCAGCCCGGUUGUGCCUGAGGAGCCCGUCGACAGCACACCAGAGACCCCUCCACCGGUGACGAAGAUGGAGAUGAAGAUGUCCAAGAAAGUUGCCUGCCUCUCAAAGCACCCAGGCAACACCAGAGAUUUGCUCAGCACAGGACUGCUCGAGGGAAUGCCGGUUAUGUACAUCAUCCCUAAUAGCAAGAAGCCUGUGCUUAAAGGUGUGAUUGCAGGUUGCAAUAUACGUUGCUUUUGUGUUAAGUGUGAUGGCUCCAAGGCUAUUACCACAUAUUUCUUCGAACUACAUGCUGGAAGCAGCAAAAAACACCCUGCAGAGUACAUCUACUUAGCAAAUGGUAAUAGUUUGCGGGAUGUGCUGCGUGCCUGUGAAAGUUCUCCUUUGGAUUCUCUAGAUAAAACAAUCCAGUCCUGCAUUGAUCCCAUGCUUACAAGGACCCGCACGAAUUGUCUGAACUGCAACGGUGAGCUACCUUCACAAACGGAAGAACAGUUUCUGUGCCAUCAGUGUUGCCCAGAGUCGAACCAACCUCAAGAUCCUACUUCCCCGUUGGCAUGCAGCAAGAGCAGUUCCAGGCUGACUCCAAGUUCCAAGGAAUCUUUGUUGAAGAGGAUGUCGGCAAGCAAAGGCGCAAGUACUGGAAAAGUAACAACAAAGGAUACGGGGCUACACAAACUGGUAUUCAAGGUUUUGCUUGACGGUACUGAAGUAACCUACUAUGUUGAUGGGCAGAAAAUAAUCGAUGGAUACAUCAAGGAUCAAAGAAUCUACUGUAACCAUUGCAACAAAGUGGUCAGCCCCUCAGCGUUCGAAGCUCAUGCGGGUGAGGGAUCAAGACGCAAACCGUAUGACAACAUCUAUACGUCCAAUGGGGUAUCCCUGCAUGAGCUGUCGAUGAGAAUAUCAAAAGACAUGCAAUUGUCGGAACGUGAAACUGAUGAUCUGUGCAGAGAAUGUGGUCUAGGAGGGGAUAUUUUCCCUUGCAAAAUGUGUCCGAGGUCAUUUCACCCAGCUUGCGUUGGGCUGCCUGGAGUUCCCUCGGAGGAGUGGUUUUGUGAUAACUGCACCAUCCUCGUUCAGAAAGAAAAGGCUUUAGCAGCAAAUAAGAAUGCCAAGGCUGCUGGGAGGCAGGCCGGAGUCGAUUCUAUUGAGCAGAUUUUGAAGAGGGCUAUUAGAAUCGUCCCAAUCUGUGAUGACCUUGGAGGAUGCGCCUUAUGCAAGAAAAAGGAUUUUAACAAUUCAGUAUUUGAUGAGCGCACUGUGAUACUCUGUGAUCAAUGCGAGAAAGAAUACCAUGUAGGAUGUUUGAGGAGUGAAUGGCAGGUCGACCUGAAGGAAUUACCAGAAGGGGAGUGGUUCUGUUGUGAUAGUUGCUCUGAGAUACGCUCCUCUUUGGACAAGAUGAUUUCUGAAGGAGCUCAGCCUUUGUCGGAGUCAGACCUUGAUAUCAUAAGGAAGAAGCACGAGUCAAAAGGUUUGAUCAUGGACACCGAUACAGAGAUCAGAUGGCAAUUGGUUGCUGGUAGAAGUGCCACUGCAGAUGGCAACUCAUUGCUUUCUUCUGCUGUCCCAGUUAUUCAUCAAUCUUUUGAUCCAAUCAUUGAAGCCCAUACUGGUAGGGAUCUAAUUCCUGAGAUGGUCCACGGGAGAAGACCCAAGGAAGGAAUGCCAGGCCAAGAUUACAGUGGAAUGUACUGUGCAGUCUUAACUGUAGGUUCAAAUGUUGUGUCGGCAGCACUUUUGCGUGUCAUGGGAGGUGACGUGGCUGAACUGCCACUGGUUGCUACAAGUAUGGAUCUUCAAGGACUGGGCUACUUCCAAGUGUUAUUCUCAUGCAUCGAAAGGCUGCUAGUUUCGCUGAAGGUGAAGCACUUCAUGCUUCCAGCCGCCCAUGAAGCUGAAGCCAUCUGGAUGAAGAAGUUUGGCUUCUCUAAAAUCCCUCAGGAUCAGAUGGAAGCUUAUCUUAACGGGGGACACCUCACCGUAUUCCAUGGAACCUUGAACCUGUACAAGGCCGUUCCAUUGCCUGAAUCUUAGCGGCAUGGAUGUCUUUAAGCCGCCCUUUGCUGCUUAAUGGAGAUAUGCUCAUUAGACAUGUUUGUCAUUCGAGGCUCUGCUGGUAACUGUACAUAAUAAGAUGAUGAAGCAUGGCGAAAAGAUGAUGAUAGUUACUGCAAAUCUGAAAGAGGGGAGCAUAGAAGAAAGAUACCAGAAACAACCAGAAAUGUUUGAUCCUGUGGUGAAGAUAGAUGUGGAGAUGCUGGAACAGGGGAAAUCAGUGGUCCUCUGCCGGCUUUUGUUUUUCGUUUUGUACUUUGAGUAGGGCGUUGAGCUGAGCCGCCAUGCCGAGAAGCAAGUGUUGCUGUCUUUCCAUGUAAAUGCCUGGCCGUCUCAGGAACUGCGGAAUUUUGAGGCGAGAUGUUGUCUGUUGGGUUGCGGUGGUUGAAAUUUUGAUCUGUUCAUUGUUGGGGUGGCGCGUUUGUAAGAAGAGAGUUGGUUUCGUCGGUCUGGUUGUCGAAUUUUGAUGGGAAAUGAGGAGAGAUGUGGGGGUUGGAUAAAUUGGUUGCUUGUUUGUGCCUUACCUGAUGGAUGAUACCUUGAGAGUUUUAUCAACAACACCUUUUGACUCA